GUUCGCUACACACCAUUCGCCACCAAGCAGCAACAUGGGGAAGAUUAUCGAGUCGAUCCGCAGUGCGUACGCGGCCCGUGCGGACGACGCAUCGGCCCGCCCCACGGUGUCCUUCGAGUUCUUCCCCGCCAAGACGAAUGCGGGUGUGUUCAACCUAUUGACGCGCGUGGAGGAGAUGGGGCUGGCGCUGCAGCCGACGUUCGUGACGCUCACGUGGCGUUCGGCUUUCAAGGACGAGGCGCUGUGGCUGCGCAUUGGAGCCCACAUCCAGAAUGAAUUCCAGCUCGAUGUGCUGCUGCAUCUCACGUGCCAUCUGCCCACGGAGCAGCUCAAGCGAAUCCUCAAGAACGCACGCGCCGCUGGAAUCCGCAACAUCUUGGCUCUGCGAGGAGACCCUCCCAUUGGCGCCGAGCGUUGGUCCCCCGUAGAGGGAGGACUGAGCAACGCUGUGGACCUCAUCAAACUCAUCCGAGAGGAACACGGAGACUACUUCUGCAUCGCCUGUGCGGGUUACGCGGAGGUGCAUACCGAGUCGUGGAACCAUCCGGACCUGCCUCCGUCCAACGAGGCACGCGCCCUCGACCUGCAGCGACUCAAGGCCAAACAGGAUGCAGGCGCCGACUUCAUCAUCACCCAGUUCUUCUUCGACGUGGACAACAUGAUCCAGUGGAUCUCUGACUGCAAAGACGCAGGGAUCACUAUCCCUAUCCUACCUGGGUACCUGCCGAUCCAGAACUACAGUUCCUUCUGCAAGUUCACGAGCUGGUGCAAGACCCGAGUGCCUGAGAAGGUGCUCACAGCUCUGGAUGCCAUCAAGAACGAUGACGCGGCUGUGCGUCGCUACGGUACUCAGUUAGCGGUGGAGACUUGUCGACGUCUGCUGGCUGCCGGCGUGAACUCACUGCAUUUCUACACCAUGAACUUGGCCACGACCGUGACGCAGGUGCUGGAAGGACUGCAGCUACUACCUGCUCGCAACCAGCGCGAGCUGCCGUGGCAGUCAACACUGCAGCGCUCUACCGUCGAAGGCGAGCAGGUUCGCCCCAUCUUCUGGUCCAACCGCCAGGCUAGUUACAUCGCCCGUACUGCUGCGUGGGACGAGUUCCCCAACGGACGCUGGGGAGACCGCACGAGUCCUGCGUAUGGUGAGCUGUCCGAGUACUAUCUCGCCUUCAAACGACCCAAGCUUCAACGUACUGAGCUAUGGGGCACGCCGCAGACCGAGGAGGACGUGUGGAACGUGUUCGUUCGCUUCAUCGACGGCCACGUGAAGCAGCUCCCGUGGUGUGAACAGGCUCUGUCGCUCGAGAGUGCAGCUAUUCGUGAAAACCUGCAGUGGCUCAACUCCAACGGCUUCUUGACGAUCAACAGUCAACCGCGUGUGAACGGAGCUCCUUCCAGUGAUCCGUCCGUCGGCUGGGGAGGAGACGAUGGUGUAGUGUUCCAGAAGGCAUACGUGGAGUUCUUCGUGGCCCCUGAGAAGAUCGCACACCUCGUCAAGGUCAUGCGACGCGACUACCCUCAGCUGUCGUUCCACGCCCUCAAUCGUCGGGGCGAUGAGCACCGCAAUACGCCGCUGCACAGCGUGACGGCCGUCACGUGGGGCGUCUUCCCCGGAAUUGAAAUCGUUCAACCUACAGUCGUGGAUUCCGACUCGUUCGCUGCUUGGAAGGACGAGGCGUUCGAGCUGUGGCAAACGCAGUGGGCGUCGGCCUACCCUGAGGGUUCGUGUUCUCGUGAGGUCAUCCAGCACAUCUACGACUCCUACUUCCUGGUCAACAUCGUCGACAAUGACUACGCCAAUGAUGACUCGGACAUCUUCAGUAUCUUCACGCGGAUCAUCACGGAGGCCAUGGACAAGGAAGAGCUGCGUACGCGUGUGCUGGAGCUGGAAGCCAGACGCGAGAAGAUGUUCGACACGCUGGCGUCGUUCCAGUCGCUGCAGAAGGACCUCAAUGGCGAGCUGCGAGCGGCGCACUCGGAGCUCGCGGGUGUUCGUGGAGAGAACCUCCAGCUGAAGGAAAAAGUCCGUCAACUGGAGGCCCAACUCGCUCUCGCGUCGCUGUAGAUACUCAUGAAUGAAGACCAGACCCCCUCGCCAGCUCUAGGGACCAAAUCGCAACAGGACACUGGACGGGAGGCCUCAAGUGGCUGCACCCUCCUGCACCUACUUACCGUGUGCCUCCCCUCCUAAGCAACGGAUUCCGAUUGACCUUCACUGUGUGCUGGGCUCUGCAAGAACCAUAGAGUGAAUGAAAGUACAGUUGUGCUUAGAAACUUCUCCUGGCAGCAUUCGUCUGCGGUACCGCACUCACUUCUUUGACACGAUGUACUGUGACCGCUCUGAAUACGCAACAUUAUCUUUGCAUCCACCUCUUACAUUUAAUACAGCACAAGCAAUGCAAAAUCUACCAGCUACUG